CUGCAGCCGGCUCCUUGACAUCUACCACACACCCACGGUAACCAGAGGCCACCGCCAUGACAAAGGACCAAAAUGGAACCUGGGAACUGGAGAGUAACGACAACUUUGAAGGCUACAUGAAGGCCCUGGAUAUCGAUUUUGCCACCCGCAAGAUUGCAGUACGUCUAAAUCAGACAAAGACCAUUGAUCAAAACGACGAUCACUUCAAGACAAAAACCAACAGCACGUUCCGCAACUAUAACUUGGAUUUCACUGUUGGAGUGGAGUUUGAGGAGUACACCAAGGGCCUGGACAACCGGAACGUUAAGUCGCUGGUCACCUGGGAAGGUGAUGUCCUCGUGUGUGUGCAGAAGGGGGAGAAGGAGAACCGUGGCUGGAGGCAGUGGGUUGAGGAUGACAAGCUAUACCUGGAGCUGACGUGCAGCGACCAGGUGUGCCGUCAAGUGUUCAAAAAGAAGUGAUGGCUGCGAGGGGACCUGCCGAGCAUGUGCUCCACACUCUCAGUGAGGAGUUCUUUACUGGCUUUG